AUGUUAUCCACAAAGACUCGCUCUACAUUAUUAGAGCCAGUUAUUUGGCUAGUUGGUAUACCAUUUUCAGCAUGGUUAUUUACGAUUCAUUUUAAUAAUUCUCAAAUAAUUGAUUCAAAAAUAAAUGAAAUAAAAUUAAAAGAAUUUAUUCGAAAUGAACUAGAAAAAUAUUCACAACAAUUUCAAUUAACAUGUAAAUCAAAUACACAAUGUAUUACUUAUCAUAAUUUUGUUUCGAAAAUUGAAUAUGAAAAAGAUAUUCAACAAAUUCUUGAUAAAUGUAAUACAAAUUUUUUUUCAUGGUUUAAUAGUGGACAAAAAAUAAAAUUAAUCAUUGAUGAAGCUCUUAGAAAAUAUGAUUCAGAUAAUAUUGCAUUAGCAGAUUAUGCACUUGAAUCUGUUGGUGGUUCAAUUAUUACUGAAUAUUCAUCAAAAACAUUUACUGAUCGUUCACCAACAUUUAAUAUAUUUGGUUUACCAAUUCUUAAACGAAUUGCAUCACCAAAUAUUAUUCUUAGAAAAGGUAUUAUGCCUGGUAAUUGUUGGCCAAUGAUUGGUUCACAUGGUUAUGUACUUAUUAGUCUUGCUUUUCCUGUUCGACCAACAAUGUUUACACUUGAACAUUUACCUAAAACACUUUCAUUUGAUGGACAAAGUCGAUCGGCACCAAAAGAAUUUUCAAUUCGAGGUUUAAAUUCAAUUGAUAAUGAAGGACAAUUUCUUGGUCGUUUUAUAUAUGAUACAACAAAGAUAGAUUCUUCACAUAUUCAAACAUUUCAUGUUCAACAAACAAAUGAUUUAAUAUUUUAUCAUUUAAUUAAAUUGAUUAUUGAAUCAAAUUGGGGUCAUCCAGAAUUUACUUGUAUCUAUCGUUUUCGUGUUCAUGGACAACCUCAACUUCCACCAUCAUAUUAA